GAAAACCUCUCAACUCACCACCUACACCCCUCUCUCUCUCUGUAAGAUGGCCAGAGCAUUUCUUCUCGCUCAGCUCCUGCUAGCUUCGAGCCUCUUCUUCGCCCUCUCCUCCCAUGGCGAAGAGCUCGCGGAGGCGGUGGCCAGCGACGCCGUGAGCCCCGUCCACUCCCCGCCGCGGCCCCCAGCCACCACCACCCCGGCCACCACCCCCACCACCACCCCCACCACCUCGCCCCAGCCUCCGUCCCUGCCCUCUCCCCCACCACCGCCCAUGCGCCGGCCCCGCACCACCACCACCACCACCACACCCAUGCACCGGUCCCCGCCCCCAUGGCUCACCCUCCUUCCCACGCACCGUCCCACGCUCCGGCCCACGCGCGCCGCCCCACGUGCCGGUCCACCCGCCCGUCCACCCCCGGUGGCCCCCAUGGGCCGGCGGUUCAUAGCCGUCCAGGGGGUGGUGUACUGCAAGUCGUGCAAGUACUCCGGGGUCGAAACUCUCCUGGGAGCUACUCCAGUUCUUGGUGCCGUCGUGAAGCUGGAAUGCAACAACACCAAGUACCGACCCACCGUGCAGACGGCGAAGACCGACAAGAACGGCUACUUCUUCCUCAAGGCCCCCAAGACCAUCACAACCUACGCCUUCCACAAGUGCAUGGCGUCCCUCGCCUCGUCGCCGGUCCCCUCGUGCCAGAAGCCCUCCGCCCUCCACGGCGGCACCGUCGGCGCGGUCCUCAGGCCGGAGAAGCCCGUCAUGAUCGACAAGCUCCCCUACACGGUCUUCACCGUCGGCCCCUUCGCCUUCGAGCCGCAAUGCAAGCACUGAAAGAAAGCUGCUCCCGCGGCUCCGAUGAUGUUCGUCGUGUAAUGUUUCUAGAUAAUGUGUUAAUGAAAACUUCCUUGUCUGAGACUAUGAACACCCUGUUGUGGGGUUUUCUUAGAAGGUUGAAGAUGAUUGAUGUCGUUUGAUGAAUGUUGAUGAUAGUGAGUGGAGUUCAGUAACUGGCUUAAGUUGGUCUCUUUUGAUGGAAA